AUGACGGUACAUACUAAGAACGAAGCCUUGAUGUGCAAGGUUUUUCCGUCCAAUUUGGAGCCUGUGGCGAUGAGGUGGUUUGAUGGUUUGAGGUUGCAACCAUCUCUCUCUCUCUCUCUCUCUCUCUCUCUCUCUCACAUAGAUAAUAUGGAAGCUCACAAAUUGAGAGGUGUUAUGUAUGGGCUAGCAGUAGUAGUCCCAGUGAUAAUGUUGCUUCAAAACCUAGUGUUGGGUGCAACAGAUGAGUGUGUUUAUUCGGGUAUCAUAAACCUUGGAGACUCGAAUUCUGACACAGGAGGUUCAUCAGCAGCAUUUGGACAAGCCCCAUAUCCACAUGGAGAGACCUUUUUCCAUGCCCCUGUUGGUCGCUUAUGUGAUGGCCGUCUCAUCAUUGAUUUUAUAGCUGAGAGCCUAGGACUACCAUAUUUGAAUGCUUUCCUUGAUGCUGUUGGAUCCAACUUCACUCAUGGGGUCAACUUUGCUACUGCUGGAUCCAUCAUAUUACCCCAAACUAGAACUCUUAAGCAAAGUGGUUUUAGUCCUAUCUCUUUGGAUGUUCAGUGGGCUCAAUUCAAUGAUUUCCAUCGUAGAACCCAAAUUUUUUGUCAAAAAGAAAGCAUUUUUCAGGAAUUAUUGCCCAAGCCAGAAUUAUUUUCUCGUGCUUUAUAUACAAUCGAUAUUGGUCAGAAUGAUUCGACAUCAUCCCUUUUCCUUAACAAGUCUACCGAUCAAGUUAAAGCAGUUGUUCCUGUAAUUAUGGAUCAGUUCAAAAAUAUCGUUAAGGAUAUAUAUGGUCAAGGAGAAAGGUCAUUCUGGAUACAUAAUACGGGUCCCGUUGGUUGUUUGGCGUACGUAUUGGUACGACUGCCAGUCGAAGCCGAACAAUUGGACCAUUUUGGAUGUGCAACUCCUUUCAAUGAUCUUGCUCAACAUUUCAAUAGUAAAUUAAAAGAAGCUGUUGUUCUACUUCGAAAGGAUCUUCCACUUGCUGCAUUCACCUAUGUUGAUGUUUACUCGGUGAAGUACAAUCUCUUUACUCAAACAAAGAAACUUGGGUUUAAGGAAUCACUGAAAACUUGUUGUGGUUAUGGAGGCAAGUUAAACUACGACAAGGAUGUGGUAUGUGGAGCGACUAAAAAGGUGAAGGGCAAAGAAGUUUUAGUGGCGAAAGCAUGCAAAGAUCCAUCAGUUUGGAUUAACUGGGAUGGUUUCCACUACACUGAGGCCGCUAACAAAUAUGUUUUUGAUCAAAUAGUUGGUGGUUCAUUUUCUGAUCCACCCAUUCCAGUCAAAUUGGCCUGCCAUAGGCAUUAA